UGGAUUGCUUGCAGUGCCUCUUCCGCGGGAUAUAUGAGUGAGUGAUUGAGGACGGGGUCAGAAACCAGUUUGCCAGCUGCAAUGGGGAGAAGCAAGACCAACGCCAACCGACCGACGGCCAGCGAGGAACCCGCGGGCUACCGCGGUGGUGGACCGCCGGCCGGGGACGACGAUGGGGAGAAUCCACAGACGGUGAUGUUUCCCCCGCCGCAGGCGGCGGGCCUUGGGCCCACGAAACGCUCGUCGGCGGCGGAUAAGCCCGGCCGUCGUGGUAGACCGGUGGAUGAGUACCCUCAUGAACUGAUGUUUCAGCCUACGGCGCAAAGCCGCCCCGGUGGCUCGGUGGAUGAGUAUCCUGAGACGGUGAUGUUUCCUCCUCCGGCACCCGGCGGAUCAGUGGAGGAGUACCCUGAGACGGUGAUGUUUCCUCCACGAGCACCAGGCCACGCCGGCGGCUCGGUGGACGAGUAUCCUGAGACGGUGAUGUUUCCUCCUCCGGCACCCGGUGGAUCGGUGGAGGAGUACCCUGAGACUGUGAUGUUUCCUCCGCGGCCACCAGACCACUCCGGCGGAUCGGUGGAGGAGUAUCCUGAGGCGGUGAUGGUUCCUCCUCCGGCGACAGGUCGCCCAGUUGGACCAGUGAAAGGGUACCCGCCGACGGUUGUGUUCCCUCCGACGCAGCCGCGUCCCCCUCGUGUCGUUCAUGGUUCACAAGCGCAACUCCCCCAGCCGAGGCCGCAGCCGCUUCCUGCGCCUUCUCCGAUUGCCUACGGGAAUCCAUGGUCAACGGGACUAUUCGAUUGCGAAGGGGAUUCAACAAACACGGUCAUGACGGCCUUCUUCCCCUGCGUCACCUUCGGUCAGAUCGCUGAGAUUUUGGAUCAGGGACAAACAUCUUGCACUCUGGGGAGUCUCAUGUAUGCUCUGCUCCUGCCAAUUCUCUCCUGUGCGAUUGUUGGCACGCCUUAUCGAUCGAGGCUGAGGCAAAUGUACAACCUGGUUGAAGCUCCCGGAGAGGAUUGGAUUCUCCAUAUCUUCUGUCCAUGCUGCGCCCUCUGCCAAGAGUACAGAGAGCUCCAACACAGAGGAUAUGAUCCUUCUGUAGGUUGGAUGGGUAACCUUGCUCUUCAACAAGCGAAGACUCCUCCCAGGACGUCGCCUAUGCACAGAUGAGACAUAAGGAGAAUCUUGUUGCAGUAAAAUGUUUUCCUCUGUUCUUGUAGCUUUCACCUUAAAUUGGGGCAUGUUUCUGUUGGUCUUUGAUCAUCCUAAAGGCUGUCAUAACUGUCGCUGUAUUCUCAGUGUUCUGGUCACACUAUCUUGUUUCUAUUGAGAAUUCUGUACUCUGCGAUUUAACAUUAAUUUGCCAAUGUUUGCCAGAAAA